AUGGGUUCUGAGCUGGAGACGGCGAUGGAGACUCUCAUCAAUGUGUUCCAUGCCCACUCGGGCAAGGAGGGGGACAAGUACAAGCUGAACAAGAAGGAGCUGAAAGAGCUGCUGCAGACCGAACUCUCUGGCUUCCUGGACGCCCAGAAGGAUGCGGAUGCUGUGGACAAAGUGAUGAAGGAGCUGGAUGAGAACGGAGAUGGGGAGGUGGACUUCCAGGAGUACGUGGUGCUGGUGGCUGCCCUCACGGUGGCCUGUAACAACUUCUUCUGGGAGAACAGUUGAGCAGACAGCCCCAGUGGGCCGCGCCCUUCCCCUCUGCCCUGCCAUACCUGCCCCUACACCCUGCUUUCCUUCCUCCCCACCUGCCCCUCCCCAUAGUCCCACCUUUGCCCACCCUCCAACAAGGGCGCAAGAGUAGUGGGCCAGACCUGCAACUCGUCUUUCAUUAAAGGCUUCUCUCUCAA